AUGAACUUAUCAGACGAAACACAAACAUUCAACGAAGGGACACUCAUUGCCUCAGCCAGUCCUGUUUCAAAAGUAACUGAAUUAAAACUUAAUAAAGUGAAACUUCUGUUAAACAUACAGUUCGUUCCUAAUUUAGAUCAUACUCAAACGAAAGAAGUAGCAAGUUUACUUAACAAAUAUUCUUGUGUAUUCUCAAAGGAUGAUCAUGAAAUUGGGCGUACUGGUAUCAUUAAGCACAACAUUUCUACAGGUAAUGCUCAACCGGUAAAGCAGCCAUUCAGAAGGGUUCCAGUACACAUGAAUGCCGAAGUUGAUGCACAAAUCAAAGACAUGCUUGAAAGAGAUGUGAUACAACCUUCGACAAGCCCAUGGGCAAGUGGGAUAGUAAUAGUGAAAAAGAAGGAUGGAACUAGGAGAUUUUGUAUAGAUUAUAGACGUUUGAACGUUCUCUCGGUUAAAGACGCAUACCCUUUUCCCAGGAUUGAUGAUUCAUUAAAUCAGCUUGCCGGAAAUCAAUUGCUUUCAUGCCUAGAUCUUAACUCUGGUUAUUGGCAGGUUGAAGUAGAUAAAAAUGAUAUUCCGAAAACAGCAUUUACGAGUCGAUUAAGUUUGUUUGAGUUCAAGGUCAUGCCUUUUGGGUUAUGCAGUGCCCCAGCAACGUUUGAGAGGCUGAUGAAAAUUGUUUUAGCUGGUCUUCAGUGGCAGAUUUGUUUGAUAUACCUUGAUGAUGUAACUGUAGUUGGAAAAACAUUGCUUGAUGCUGGGCUCAAAUUAAAGCCUAGAAAAUGUGUACUGUUCUCAAAAAGAGUUGAAUUUCUUGGUCAUAUAGUAUCGGCAGAAGGUGUUCACACGGACCCUAAGAAAACAGAAACAGUUCGAAACUGGCCAAUACCUGGUUGUGUUCGAGACCUGGGGUCAUUUUUAGGAUUAUGUAGCUAUUACCGUCGCUUCAUAUUCCGUUUUGCUGAAAUAGCCAAGCCAUUACAUAAACUAACCGAGAAGGGAAGCAAAUUUGAAUGGUCGCUUGAAUGUGAUAAAGCUUUCGAAGAACUAAAACAGAAACUUGUUGAAGCCCCAAUUCUUGCUCAUCCUGAUUUCAACCAAAGUUUCAUACUAGAUGUCGAUGCAAGUGACUUUGCCAUAGCUGGAAUACUUUCUCAGAAGAUAGAUGGAAGAACUGUACUCCGAUACUCACAUGACAUUAAGGCAUCUGGACAUCUCGGAGUCAAAAAGACUUUGAACAAGAUUAGACAAAAAUACUCCUGGCCGGGACUACAGAAUGACGUCAAAGCUUAUGUCAAUGGCUGUGAAGUUUGUUUGAAACGAAAAAGGCCGAUGAGAAUCAAGAAAGCUCCCAUGCAGAUUUCAAGUAGCGGAUAUCCUAUGGAAAGGAUAGCUGUGGAUAUUCUUGGAGAAUUACCAGUCACAGAGAACGGAAAUAAAUACAUACUGGUGGUCUCAGAUUACUUUACUAAGUGGACUGAGAGUUACCAAAUGCCAAACAUGGAGGCUGUAACUGUAGCAAAAAUUAUGGUUAAAACUCAUUUUGACCAGGGAAGACAAUUUGUUACUAAACUUUUCAUGGAAAUGUGUAAGCUUCUUCAGAUUGAGAAAACAAGGACCACUCCAUAUCAUCCAGAGUCAGAUGGAAUGGUCGAAAAGUUCAACAGAACACUGUGUGCCAUGCUCAGGGCUUAUGUAGACGAAAAUCACAAAAACUGGGGUGAUCAACUUCCAUAUGUAAUGAUGGCAUAUCGAGCUUGUGAGCAUGAAACUACAGGUGUGAGUCCAAAUAAAAUGAUGCUUGGACGAGAAACAACAACCCCACUUGAUCUUAUUUAUGAAAUGUCAUCAUCAAUAAAAAGAAUACCAGUAAAUCAGUGGGUAUGGGAACUCCAAGAAACAUUUGGAAAUGUCCAGGUUAUUCAUGCAGACAGAAUGAGGAAGGCUCGAGAUCAAAUACUAACAGGUGAAAAUAUGUUUGAUACAGAUAAAGAUGAUAUGUCAGCAGAACUAAAUGUUCCACAUGAGACAGCUGAGACAGUCGACGAAGAAGUUGAAAAUGAGGUUGAACCAGACUUAAGUAUUAGAGGUCAAACAUGUCUGAAAGUGACAGAAAUAAAUGUCAGACGAUAUGUCCUGUCUGUAAAGAUGAAGUGA